CGGCUCCCGGCGGGCGGUGGCGGGGCCGCGGCUCCUCCCUCACUCCCGCAGCCGCAUUCGCCGCCGCAGCGCCGAGGGAGCUGGAUGGUCUGAAGACAGAAGCUGUGGGGCUCUCCAGGGAGCCCCUGCACUCCCAGCAAGGCAGCAUCAUGCUGGCUCCAAAGAAAGGCCUCCUGUGCAACCUCAACCACAUCCACCUGCAGCACAUCUCGCUAGGCCUGCACCUCUCCCGGCACCCCGAGCUCCAGGACACAGACGGUCCCACGGGUGGGGGAGAGCAGACCGGCUGCAGCCACUGCCCGGAGAACCAUGAGCCGGUGGACGCCAAUUCCAACAAUCCCUCCGUGAAGUGCCGGUGUUGUGAGUCCCACGGCCCGGAGCCGGUGACGCUCGGGCUCCAGAACCAGGCACUGCAAGGGGAUUUCCCCUGCCUGCACAGUGGGGGGGAGGAGGAAGAGGAGGAGGUGGCUUCCCCUUGUGAUCCCCCUUGUGAUUUGGCUUCCUCCUCCUCCUCCUCCUCCUCCUCCUCCUCUGUCAGUAGCUGCUCCGAUUUCAGCUUGGAUGACUCCCCGGUCUCCGUGUACUGCAAGGGCUUCUCCGUAGAAGAGUGCCAAUCCCCUGAAAAUAACUCCAGCAUCAUUCCCAUAGAAAAUGUCCAGGAUGGCGAGUCUCUGGCUGACCAGGGUGGGACGUGUGAGGGAAGAGAUGCCAACCACAACUCCCCGGUGCUCCGGACACCCAGGAGGAGCCCGGACAGCCUCUGCAGCACCAGCUCGCUCGACUCCCGCUGCGACGAGCCCUCUCCCGGCACAGCAGCACAGGAGACCACCAGCCCCUGUGCUGACCUCGACCCCAACUGCAACCCCCUCCCCGAGCCCGAUGCUGCGCCUCCAGCACCGCCCGUGCCGGAACGCCGGGAUCCCGGGAUGCCGAGCGGUGCCCCGGAGCCGCGGCCCCGGGCUGGGGGUGUCCCCCCUCCCGUGCCCCCCCGGCCCCGGCGGAGGAUGCAGAUGCUCAGCGGGCACCGAGCGGAGCAGCCGCGGCCGGCGGAGCCCGAGCCCGGCUCGGGUGAGCUCUGCAGAGACGCGGCCCCGAAGACCAUCACCUCCUUCCACGAGCUGGCCCAGAGGAGGAAGAGGAACGCGGCCGGGCCCGCGCUGGCUCAGGCCAGGGCUGACCGCAGCGACUGGCUCAUCGUGUUCUCUCCCGACACGGAGCUGCCCCCGCCCAGCGAGCUCCUCUCCAGCACCGCGGGCCAGGAGCCGGCACGGCCCCAGCCCCAGCCCCCGCGGGACGGGCCAGCCAGGCCUCCCGGCCCCCGGCAGAGAGAGGUGACGACGUUCAAGGAGCUGCGGUCCCGCAGUGCCGCCAGGCAGCCCAAGGGCCAGCGGGCAGAGCAGGCCCAGCGACCCCCCGCGCCCCCGGGGACGGCCCCCGGCUGGGGACCCCCCGCGCCCCCGGGGGGACCGGUGCUGGCCCCCACCGACGGCCACCAGCUGAGGAGGAGACCCCGGCCCAGCCUGCAGCCCAUCGCCGAGGGGCAGCCGGGGGAUGUGGAGGAGGGGGGGCUGCCCCCGGGGCAGAAGGGACCGGGUGCUGCCCUGGUCCGGAGGCUCGGGGGUCCCGGCAGAGCUCCCGCCGUGCCGGGGGCGGCCCAGAGAGAAGACGAGACCUGCACGGGGGCCAGGCCCGAGCCGCCCAACCCUGGAGCCGCCGCUGGAGCCGCCGCUGGAGCCGCCUGGCCCGGCGGGGGCAGCGCCGAGGGGCCCCACGGGGAGCACACGAAAGCGCUGCUGGUCGCCGUCAGCUCCGCCGUGGACAAGGUGAUCGCCCACUUCAGCACCGCACGGAACCUGGUGCAGAAGGCCCAGCUGGGAGACAGCCGGCUCAGCCCCGACGUGGGGUACCUGCUGCUGCACACCCUGUGCCCUGCCCUCUACGCCCUGGUGGAGGACGGGCUGAAGCCGUUCCAGAAGGAUGUUAUCACAGGCCAGAGGAAAAACUCCCCCUGGAGCGUGGUGGAAGCCUCUGUGAAGACAGGCCCCAACACCCGCUCCCUGCACUCCCUGUGCUGGCACGUGGCCGGGCUGGCCCCGCUCAGCAGCACCAGGCAGAAGUUCCACGCCUUCAUCCUUGGCCUUUUGAACAUUAAACAGCUGGAGCUGUGGAUCUCUCACCUGCAGAAGAGCCCAGGUGUGAUCUCCGUGCUCUACUCACCCACGGCCUUCUUCGCCCUGAGCCAAGGCCCCCUUCCCCACCUCGCCGACGAACUGCUGCUGCUCAUCCAGCCCCUCUCGGUGCUGACCUUCCACCUGGACCUGCUCUUUGAGCACCACCACCUCUCCGUGGACGUCCGGCCCUUGUCCCGGCGGUUGGAGUCGCCACUGUCCCCUCCCCAUCACCCCGUUCCCGCUCGGGGGGCAGCGUCUCCGGAGGGCCGGGGCGGCGCUGCCGGGAACAGCCUGGAAGAUGAGACCCCCCCCGACGCCCUGGGGAGGGUGGGGGGUGCAGGGGGCAGCACGAGGGCCCGGCCCCAAGCGACCAUGGGUGGGCUGGUCCCUGCCCCCCCGGUGGGGGCUGCCCUGCACCAAACCCUGCAGCACGUGCUGCGCUGGGGGGACCAGCUCAGCCGCGCUUUGCGGGGAGCUGAGGGACCCCCGCAGAGCCACGGGCCCGAGGAGGGCUCUGGGGGCACCGGGACCGGCCUCAGUGGCUGGUGGGGCCAGCUGAGCCAGUCCUCCAGGAUUUACAGUGCUCCCAGCAAGGAGAAGUUCCCCUUGGUGUGGUGGACGAAGCUGCGGGGGAGCGCGGGGGAUCCCAGCCCCGGCCAGGCUGCGCAAUCCCAAACGCUCCUGAGCGAGGCUGGAGGGACAGAGCUGCAGCUCCUACAGACCAAAGCUGUCCCUGAACGCUCCGGCCCAAAGCCCAGCAGCAGCACUGACACCUCGGGGACCUCUUCCCCUGAAGACCUCGUCCUGCCCACCGGAGCUGGAGCACCCAAGCUGGAUGAUCCCACUGCUGGAGAGAAGCUCCUGGAUCUUUCCCCAGAGCCUCGUGCCAACGGGAACCCGGCAGCACCUUCUGGCCCAGGGUUGGGUGGUCCUGGUCCUGACAAGGGCAGCUGGCUGGGCCGGCUCUUUGGAGCCACCAGCCCCUCAUCCAGGAGCUUCCCCCCCAGUCCUGACACCGUCUUGGCCAGGUCCAGGAGACCGUCCCACUGGCUGUCCCCCAGCCCUCGGGUCCUGGCCGGGGUGGUGAAGGGGCUGGCGCCCGACAGGACCCGCGCUCAGGAACAGCCGGAGAGGAGCACGGCCCCCCCUCCCCAGGCCCAGAGGGCAGUUCGGGCACUGUGCGACCACACGGGCACUGCCGACGGGCACCUGAGCUUCCAAAAAGGGGACAUCCUGCAGCUGCUCUCCACCGUGGAUGAAGACUGGAUCCGCUGCUGCCAUGGAAACAGCACCGGCCUCGUUCCUGUUGGUUACACGUCCCUGAUUUUGUGAGGAGGCGGAGGAGACCCGAGGAAGCGGCUGAGCUUGGCGGAGCGGGGAAGGGACGCCUCCUGCCGCGGCUUCACCACUUCCAGGGCUUUGUCACCUUCGGGGCUUCACCUCCUCUGGGGCUUCACCACCCCCGGGGCUGGCGGCUCCCAGGGGACCCGGCCCUGUGCCCGUCCCUGCUGCUCCUCCGCAUGACGUCCCGUCUGCCGGCACCGCUCCGGGCCCCUCCUCGGGAACUGGCUCACGGUUCCUCAGCUGCUGCCCACGCCUGUGCCAGGCCGGGGACGAGCCCUGUCCCUGCCUGGGCACUCACAGCCCUGUGUGUUAUCUCCAUGCCAUCCUGUCUUGCCUCUGCUGCCACCUCCACGUGUCCCGCUCUGCCCCGGUGGCCCCGGCCGGCCUCGCGCUGCCCCAGCACUCUGUACAUAAGUUGUAACCACAGGAAUGAGCUUGUUCCACUGGGAAAAGGCUGGAAAUAAAGGUUGUGACUCACGUG